CGGGUUUUACUCACCAGUAAAAAGGAUUUCAUAAAAACGCCACUAUCGGGUGCAGACUCUUAUGCAUUUAUACUAGGAUAUGUGUGUGUGUCUUCCCUUCUCCAACAUUGAGAGCAGCCUAAAUCGUGACACCUAAACCGUAGAAUAGUAUUAGAGGCAGCGAUGUCACUCUCCUUGAGAAUUCGUGAAACACUUCAACAGGAUAUUCGAACACUUAGCGAAAAUGAACGCCGGCCGAUUCCGUGGGAGAUGUUGUGGGAAGAUUUCUACACAAAAUUCGAAAGCGGCGAUGUACCGACGAUCCAUUAUUACUCCCGAGAAGUGCGGUACAGCGUGAUGCGAGAUGCCUUAUCCAAAUUCUACGAUGCAGCCACAGACUUAGUCGAUCAUGUAAGGCGGCUUGAUGAAUUGCUAUCGGAGCUACUCAAGUGCCAGUGGUGGCCGAGUAGAAUUGGUGCUGACGCCAUAGUGGAGAGAGCUGAAUUGCUUUUACGGCGAAUUCCGAAGGAUACAUUACAUUUCCCAGGACGAAUUGAUGAGCUACCGUCAGAAUACUUUUCGGGAAGUCAAAGAACCUGGGGAGAACUCAAGGUCGCGUCUCACCUCCACCAGAAUGUACUUCGGUUUGCUAUAUUUCAUGUCCUGAAUGAAUCUCACUGUAGAAAUAGCGCGGAUAAGAUCUUCUCGACUAUCCUCAAUUGCGUUGGCGAGAUGAUUGAAGCAUCCGUUAAAAGCCACCGAGCUGUGAAGUCUAGGAAAAGCCCAGUGUUUUGGUACAUUGUCAAGGCCUUUCUAUAGUCGUUCUAGCAGCGGAUGCGGUCAUUGUAUUACUUUUUUAUUGUAAAAGUAAACGCCGACGAGGGCCAU